AUGUCGUCAACAACGAGUUUGUCUACUUCUACUUCUUCUACUACGGAGAGCUCUGCUUCAAACUCUCCUUACAACCUUCAUCCCUCUGAUAAUCCUGGUGCCCUAAUUACACCAGUACUUCUCCGAGGAGAUAACUACUCCGAGUGGGCAGUAGAGCUGUGGAACUCUCUACAGGCUAAACAAAAGAUCGGAUUUCUCGAUGGCUCAGUACUUAAACCUACCACCAAUCCCGAUCUUGCCCGCUGGACCUCUACUAAUUCUAUGAUAGUAGGCUGGAUUCGAACGUCUAUCGAUGCUCAAGUUCGUUCAACCGUGACUCAUGUUGCAGAUGCUUCGAAACUGUGUGAAUCUCUAAAACAACGUUUCUCAGUCAAGAAUGCCGUACGCAAGCAUCUUCUUCAAGACGAAAUCACUAAUUGUAAACAGAAUGGCCAGUCUGUUCUGGUGUAUUAUGGCCGUCUUUCCAAGUUAUGGGAAGAAAUUCAAAACUUCAAACCCGUUGUGUCUUGUACAUGCACUGCUUCUGCUGAACUUGAGAAGGAGCGAGAGGACGCUAAAAUUCACAAGUUUCUCUUUGGUCUCGAUGAAGUGAGGUUCAAUACCAUUCGAUCUCAAAUCAUUGACGAGGACCCUCUUCCAGAAUUAAACACCGUUUAUUCAAGAGUCAUUCGAGCUGAGCUGCACAUCAACAACAUGCGCACUGCAGAUACAAAACAGGACGCAGUUGGCUUCUCAAUCAAAUCAGAUAUCACUGCCUCAGCUGUUGCGACUCGAAGUCGUGAUCCUGCUCGAUCUUGUACUCACUGUAAACGUACAGGACAUGAAGCCUCCGAAUGUUUUCUUCUACAUGGCUACCCGGAAUGGUUUCUCGAACAACAACAACGCAAUUCUUCACGCAACUUCUCUGGAAACAGAGGACGUGGAGGACGUUCAUCCAGCUCCAGUGGACGUGGACGUGGACGUUUGAAUGCUGCCUCCGCUUCUGUUAGUGCUCCAUCAUCUACCUCUACAACCGAUCAAAUUUCAGCUCUCAUCACCUUGCUUCAGUCACAACAAUCUCAACUCUCAACUGAUCGCUUGUCUGGUAAAACUGAUCUUUCUGAUGUUAUUAUCGAUACUGGUGCCUCUCACCAUAUGACAGGCGACUUGUCUCUCUUACAAGAUGCAGUAGAUAUUAUACCGUCUGCAGUUACUUUCUCGGACGGCACUGCUUCGCGCGCUACAAAACUUGGCCGCAUAUCUCUUACUAAAGAUUACAUACUUGUUAAUGUGCUUUAUGACCGUUUUACGAGGACCCUGAUUGGAGCCGGUGAAGAAAGAGAUGGGGUGUACUACUUCAAGGGUGUCAAAGUUGCUCGUUCACAUCAGACUUAUGCGAAAACUAUUUCUCCUACAGUCCUCUGA